AUGAUCUUAAGCUCUUAUAAUCAUGAUUUCUGCAGAAUACAUACGUUCGGAUUGAAAUAUCGAGCAGAAGAGCAUCCGGACAGCCGAGCACAAAUGUUCGAGACAAUGCGUUACAAUAAGCGAAAAAUACGGGACUUAGUUCAGGCUUUGGAGGGUUUUGAACGUGUUCUCGAGCUUCGUUCGGAAUUCAUGCGGAAUUUCGGCAGUAUUUCCAGGUCAGCAUGCAUUUGA